AGUGCACCUGGACACAACCACAGCAGAUUACACCUCGUCAGCAUGUUAUAAUGAACCUUGGCGUUAUUUAAGUCAUCUUCUUACGUUACAAUUCAUUCAUCCCACCGCUGGAUUUUUUCUUCGCCUCGAAACACUCAUUGUUAAUCUAUCUUCUUUUCACAAUAUUUAAUAAGUCGAAUCCGGCGAAUUGUAGUCUUAGGUUUUGUAAUUAAUAUAAUUUUAUUGGACGUGAAAUCUUAUCUCAUCGCCGAAGAAAGAUGGCCUAUGCAAAAAUAGGUUACGGUGGUACUUAUCUAGUGCACCGUGGCAUAUUGGAGUCCGAUAACAAUGCGAGAUCGCUUCCAUCUUCGUUUCCGAUCAAUCGCGAUGGUAAUCGCCGUAUCAACGUCGUAACGAUCUCGGCGUCUAUGGCGGAGGCGGUAUCGGAGAUAGAGAAACAGAGAGGAGGAAGAAGAAGCGGAGGGAGAGAUCGUAGAGAGGUGGAGGUGACGCGUGAGAAGCUGGACAGGUGGAUGAAGGAAUCUGUGACGGAGAUCGUGAAGAAUUUAAGUGAAGCGCCUUUGUUGGUCCAUCUGUACGCCGGAGAUGAGGAGAAGGGGACGGUGGUGGUGAUGAAAGCGGAGGAGUGGGCGGCGGUGAAGGGGAGAUGGAAGAGAGGAGAGGCGGAGAUGCCGGAUGGAAUGAUAUUCGUGGAGCAGUUAGGAGCGGGGGAUGAGGAAAACUGCGGUUGUGGCUUUGAAGGUGACGAUGGGACGCGUGCAUGGGGAUUGGUGGUGCAGGGGAAAGGAGUGGAGUGUGGGCCGGUUUGUUAUUUGCUAAAGACUACACGGGUUGGGUCAGGGUCAGGUCUGAGCAUGCAGUGUACCCAUUUCUGCUUAGCUAAGGUUUCGAGUUUUAGGGAGACGGCUGAGUCUCAGCUUAGAAAUUGUUGGCUCGUUGGAAAUUAACAAUGAAGCCUCUUCGGUUUCAUCGUGUGAAUAAUUGAAACUUAGAGCAUCCGCAAUGGUGGACUCCUUCUUGGAUCCUUAUCAUUAUUAUAUUAAUUUUUUUUUGUUUUUUUUGUUUGAAUAGUUAAGGACUUUAGUCAAAAUAAUAUGUCCAAUGGUGAUUUCUAAUUAGGAGUUCUUAGAAAUAAAAAAAAUAAUUUUUUUUUAAA